CUCUUUUACCUUUCCGUCUAACCGAGUGGCUCGUCCCUUAUGCUCAGACCAUCGCACACGAUUGCCUCGCACUUUUUGCCUUUAAAGGCAGAAACGCGCGCCACAGGAAAGCAAUCGUACUCGAUGUCCAUAGCGCACCUGGUGCUUUAAAAGAACUCGGCAAGAUGUGUGGAUUUGACACAACGCACUCGCUAUUCAUUUACUCCAAGGAUUUAAUUCCACUCCUCAGAUCAUUCAUAACCCCUUCUAUCAUAUUACACACAAUCACAGUAUGCCUGCUGUAGGAUGCAACAUGACACCCGUUAACUGCCCUAUCUGCUACAAGGCCAUAAGCCGCAAGGCGGACCUUCCUAGACACAUGCGUACGCACGAUGAACGCAAGGAGGCUCUGAUGCACGCAUGCCCAUCCCCUAACUGCAGUUACAAGACCCUUCAGAAGUCAAAUCUGCAGACACACAUCAGGACACAUACUCGUGAACGUUCGAAGACAUGCCCUCACCCUGGGUGCGCGUUUGCCACUACCGAUCCAGGUAGCUUGACGCGUCACCGCAAGCAACUACACGGCUAUGAGCCCAAAGCACGUCGAAACUCCAGUGGAAAAGCUGCCCGACGGACCGCCGCCGCUCCCUACCCCUCUACUCAGUUUAUGAAGCCAGAGACAGAUAUUCCUGCAUCAUUUGAUUUCAAUUACUCAACAUUUCCCGAGCUUGCAGGGCUGGUUCCCUGCAAUACACUCUCACCUGUUGGUUCCAGCGACUCUGGCAUCUCCCAAUUCUCGAAUGAGCACACUGAAUUUCCCUGGGAGCGACUCUUUUCCGAUCCUCCUACCAAUCCGGAGGGCUUCGCCUCUGUCUACGAACAGCCUUCUCAGCUCCCCAUUACCUCCAGCUACUUCCAGCCUCCGACUGUCCCCGCCGAUGUCUCCGCUUUCCAGAUGCCACAAUUCGACCCAGAGCUAUUCACCAACUUCCAGCAACCCGUUCCUGAUGUCGACUUUCAGUUCCAGCCCAGCUCAGGGGACUGUUCGAACAACUCCCUACCAACUGAACUAGACGAGUUUUUGGAGAAAUAUGGCUCGGGGUACUUUGAAGGCCUCUGCGAGUACCCAGACAAUACGACGUAUUCGAUGGCCCAGCCCUCGUUCACGAACGACUACGUGUGCUGAAAACUUUCAUCCCAUUUCAUAUUACUUAUGGACCAUUAUCAUCACAUUUGGAACCCGGCAUUACUAUCAUUGACAUCACAUUCGGAACUCGGCAUUAUCAUUAUUGUUUCUUCAUAUCACACUACUUGCAUCUUUCAUACAUAUCUUCAUCUGCACUCUUAGACCUUUGUAUACUAGUGGAAUGAGAAUGAGAUCGAUGUGUUAAUCAAGA